UCCAGCGGAAUGUACUUUCGCUAUAUAAGGUGGUUGAUGAUUGGUGCCGGCAUGUGGAAAAUAGAAGAGGAAUUUUCGGCUCCCGAGAAAAGAUUUUACGCCGUUUACUCAGUAAUAAUUCAGCUAAUUUGUACCUCACUGAUUUUCUCUGUAGCGCUGGAUGUGCCGGGUCUAAUGAAGUCUGAUCCGGCAGCAGCAGUUGGUAAUAUUGGUAUCAUGGUAUUUUUCGGGACGCUAAUCAUCAAAACGUUGAUGUGUCAGUCGAAACCGAUCAUCGGUCUCCUUCGGACUGCCUUGCAGUCAGAAUUUCAAGUAGUUACAAGCGUCAAUGCGAAUGUAGAAGCGAUAUACGAAUUUCACACUAAACUCAACAACUGCUUUAUCACACUUGUUGUUACGUGCUUAUUAUUUAUGGGACUAUGUGUUGCUACACUAGGUGACAUCGAAACUUACAGGUAUUCCAAACGGAACAGCAAUGACACAGAGAAAUCUCUACCACUGAACUACUGGUAUCCAUUCGAUAAAAAUAAACAUUACACGCUUGUCUUGGUCGAUCAGAAUAUCCGACCAACUUUAGGCGGACUUUAUACGGCUAUAGUAAACGCGUUUGUAAACUCCAUUAUAAUUUUCGUGAGGCUCCAACUGAAAAUACUCCAGUACAGUUUCAGAAAUUUCGACCAGUUAGAACCAGACAAUGUCAAAAACCCGACGAUUCUGAGGAUACUCUGCGUCAAACACCAAGAACUGAUUCGAUACGUGGAAGGACUUAAUAAUCAUCUUAAAUUUAUAAUAUUUAUGGAAUAUAUGAUUUCAUCACUUACCUUUGCAGCCCAGAUUUUGCAAAUCACGGCAGGUAUCGAACCUUUUAUAACAUCUAUAAUAUUGUCCUAUACCAUCAUACAUUUACUAAUAUUCGCUUGGAGUUGCAAUGAGAUUAUCGUCCAGAGCACCGAAUUGGCCAGAGCACUUUUCGAAAGCAAUUGGUAUAACCACGACACCAAGGUCAAAGUUAUGGCCCAUAUAAUGAUAAUGAGAUGCCAGAAACCGCUCAGUUUGAUGAUUGGGCGGUUUGGAGUUAUGGAUUUGGAUGUUGGAGUUUCGCGACUAAAACUGGCAUAUACCUAUACGUCUGUGAUGAAAAGUGGCAACUAGUGAUACAGAGAAGUGAAAUUGAUAUUCAAAGGAUCUCGCUAGAAUUAUGAACCCUUAUUCAGAAAACAACGGUAUACAUUCUCUCAAUUCUAGCCGUUUUUAAUAACCUUUUUUGUUUUAUCACUAUCACACAGUCCCUUAGCAACUUAUGGCCAUUGGCUAAUGAUCAAACAUUUCUAAAUUUAAAGUGAUUAGGACACACACAUAGCUACCUGUGUGAUAUCUAAAAUACUCAGAAUAAUUUUCUUGUUACCAUAAAUGUACAGUUUUUAGUGAGGUAUUAAAUCAAUGAACUUGUUAUUUUGAAAUAAAAAUAAUAUAAAAUGAUAAAA